CGGCGCGCGCGCCAUUCGCUCACAGACCGUCGCGCGCACCGCACACCAAUGAUCCUACCCGCGCGAACCAUGUCGCCGCACGGCGUAUUCCACCCGCCGCACGAACAACCCGAAGAUGAACCCGUCUCCAGGACUUAUCAGUACAGAAAGGUCAUGAAGCCCAUGCUCGAAAGGAAGCGACGAGCACGCAUUAACCGCUGCCUUGACGAGCUAAAGGACCUCAUGGUGACUGCACUCCAAGCCGAAGGAGAGAACGUGUCCAAAUUGGAAAAAGCUGACAUCUUAGAACUCACAGUCCGACAUCUCCACAACUUGAAACGACGUGGACAGUUAGUGCUGAAACCCGAAAUGUCAUACGCGGAACGUUUCCGAGCUGGAUUCACACAGUGUGCUACAGAAGUGUCUCAGUUUAUUGCGAAUGCUACGUUGGCUGCGAACGCGAUGCAGCGUCAGGGGCCCGUCGAUCCCCAGGCCGGUGCGAGGUUGCUGCAACACCUCAGUAAUUGCAUACGGAGGUUGGAGGCUCCGCAAGUUGUCCAGCCGCAACCUAUCACUCCGAAUGGUGUGGCUCGGCCAACUCCCCUGCAACCCAUUGCACCUGCACCUCAACCGCAGCAACCUCCUCAAAUCCAGAGGAUUACGCCAGAAAGAGGAUUGAAGAGGCCAUGCGAAGGCCCCACGGACGCAGAAGCGGUGCUUGCGAAGCGUGCGUAUGCGCCGCCUUCGCCGCCGCACAGCCCCGCCUCCGAGAGUGACUCCGCCCAGUCUAUGUGGCGGCCCUGGUGACCGGCGCCCGAGGCCCGUGGACGUCACCAUCCGUGCUUCUCAUGAUCUCGCAUGCCCUGGACUAUGUGUGAUAAAUCACAAACGUUUGUUGUUUGUUUUCUAAACGUUCCUAGAACCGAUGAGUGUUGUAUGGUUGUAUUGCUCGCUUGCUUGUUGAAGUUUUCUUUUUUAAUUUAAUAAACUCAAGUUUUUGUUCUUAUAAUCGUUAUUUUUGUAUUCCUAAAUUCAUUGUCUUCCAUCGGUUUAAGCAUUUACCUUCGCUAGUGGUAGUUGUAGCACCUAAGUUGUUACUGUGAUAUGUGUAGUUGUUUCCGAGAUAGAUUAUUUAGGAAUAAUGGAUCGUAUGCGAAUAUAGAUUUAGGUUAAAAGAGUGAAUAAUGAAAAGUAAAAUAAACGUGUUUAUAUAA